ACACACACACACACAGUCACCCCUUUAGGGUUUUGAAUCAGAAGAAGAUUUGAUUGAUUUGAGAUCAGAAAUGACAUCGUUGGGGACAUCAAAAGGUGUAUUAGAGAUUGCAAAGUUUGCCGUUUACGUCACUGUUCCCAUUGGACUCAUGUAUUUCUUCGCUAACAACACCAAAAAUCUCACCAAGUUCAUGGGCGCUCGUCAAUACGUUGUGUAUCCGCCAGAAGGACCGAGGCCACAAUCACCAGAGGAGCUUCGAGAAAUGGCUCGGGAGAUGGCUCGCAAGCGAGAUGCGCAAUCUUGAGCCAUGGAGCCGAGCUGUACACUUAUAUAUAGAGCCUACUUACUGUAUGCAUAUCAUCUCUCUCAAUGGUGUUUUGUUUUUUUUUCAUGAACAUGAUUUCUAGUACAUGUUACAUGCUCUGUCAAAGUCUAAUAAAAAUGCAUUCAGAAAUUAGAAACUUUAUUGUAAGUUUAUUUCUUACAUUAUGUUGUUGUAAUUAAUAAAAGUUCUGGUAUUACAUUA